AUGUCAAAGAAUGUUAAACAGUUACUCUAGGAUCCCAAUUAUACAGUACCUUUAGAGGUGAUCAAACGAGAAUUAAGUAAAAUACCAGGAGGUGAGGAUGUAGAUAUUUAGUUUAUACUUUUAGAAAUAUAAAGAAAUUCAAUAAACAUUAUUGCCUUUGUUAAUGGAUGGAAUUGAAGAAUUAUCUAAAGAAUUAGAGAUAAUGAUAUAAAAUCCUGAAAAGAUUGAUCCCGAAGAAAGAGAACGCUUUAAUCCUUGUAUUUAUUUAGGGUAUAUAGACAGAGUUAUUUUUAUAGAUAAUAUUUAAUGAGAAACAAUCCAAAGUAGUAUUGAUUAAAUAAUAAUAUAUUAAUUAAAAUAUUUAAUUUUAUAUGAUUAGAAGAAUCUUUUGGAAUGUAAAGAAUUCAUUUUUUGGAGCAGGAAUGCUUAUUUUGAUUCCAGUACAAUUCAUGUAUUUCCCAGUUUUACUAGGAGUCCCAACAUAUGCAGGAACUGUAUUGUAAUCUGGUAAUUAUUAAUAAUCUUAAAUAGGUUUAACAUAUUAUGAUGAAUAUGAUGGAGAUGUCAAUGAGGGUAAUUAUUAUAAAACAAAAAGUGCAUGA